UCCAACAUAGUACAAAAUGUCAUUAAAGAAACAUUAAAUAAACAAUAAUAAAUACAGGACAAGACAAAUACCAGGCCAGCAAUUACUGGUAAAAUCAUAACCCUCAGGAGAUAAUGACACAGGCAGGUCUAGUUAGAGUUAAGAUUCUGAAUGAAACUGCAUGAAAGAGGUUAGACUAUAGAUUUUAUAGAACAGGAUGCCGUUCUCUUAAGACGUGCGGCUCUAUAAUCCACCCAAUUUUCAGAUGAUUAUCUACUGUCACUAGAAGAAUAUUUAGAAGAAUAUUUUUAAUGUAGGCCUACAUAAAUUUCUUCAUCAACACUUUGGUUUAUGUAGGCCUGUUGGUUAAAACAUUUCAUAGCAAAACAGUUUCUUUCUAUUCCUCGAUGUGCCCAGGUUAUAACUAGGCAUCUUUGUCCCUUCAGACUUAGCCUUUCUUGCCCCCGGGGUAUUUUGAGCGGUCAGGUUAUCAAAAGUGAGACUCCACUAAUUUCUUUUUUUUUUUCGAAGGGGUGUAACUGUAGCGGUCCGGUUGCUACGCGGCAGCCAUGUUGGAAUGUUCGAUUUACGAUGAGGGGGAACGAGGAGUAGGCACGAGCAAACUGCCUGGCUCGCGGCGGCACAAAAAAGCGCACGCGCUGCACAUCAGCUUGAUCAAAGUGGGAAUUAAAUCACAGACUUCAGAGUGAUAUUGUCUUGAUAGGAGUUACAAGUCACCGAUCAGACGAAGGAAGUGGAAUAAAGCGAAUAUUUCAAGGAUUUCCUAUUACACAGAAUAUGACCGACACCUAGCGCACAGCAAAGGCAUGGCUACAGCGUACCUGGACCCCAACCUGAACCACGCCCUGGGCGGGGGGGCCAAGUCGCGCCUCAGCGCUGGCCCGGAGCGGGUCCCCGGGGCCCCGGACCGCGUGCUCAAGGUCUUCCACCACUUUGAGAGUGACAGCGAGCACAGCACGUGGUCCAGCAAUAUCCGCCACGGAGACGCCACCGACGUCCGGGGGAUCAUUCAGAAGAUCGUGGACAUUCACAAGGUGAGGUGCGUGGCCUGCUUCGGCCUGCGGCUCAGCCAUAUCAAAUCGGGCAACAUCCACUGGCUGCACCCCGACAUGGGUGUGUCCCACGUGAGAGAAAAAUAUGAACAGAACCGGCCACAGGAUGAGUGGAGGUAUGAGCUGCGGAUACGCUACCUGCCAAAGGGUUUCCUCAACCAGUUCAUUGAAGACAAGCCGACACUGAAUUACUUCUACCAGCAGGUGAAGAGUGACUACAUGUGUGAAAUAGCUGAUCAGGUGGAGCAGGACAUCGCACUCAAGCUGGGGUGUCUGGAGAUCAGGAGAUUCUUCCGAGAAAUGAGAGGAAACGCUCUCGACAAGAAAUCCAACUACGAGCUGCUGGAAAAAGAUGUUGGCCUCAGACGGUUCUUCCCCAAGAGUUUGCUGGAUUCGGUCAAGGCCAAAACAUUGCGGAAGCAAAUUCAGCACACCUUUAAGCAGUUCGCCAACCUGAAUGACGAGCAGAGCGUCCUCAAGUUCUUCGAGAUCCUCACGCCCGUGUACAGAUUCGACAAGGAGUGCUUCAAAUGUGCUCUGGGGUCCAGCUGGGUUAUCUCGGUGGAGCUGGCUAUCGGCCCUGGGGAGGGAAUCAGCUACCUGACAGAUAAGGGCUCAACGCCGACGCACUUGGCCAACUUCACGCACGUGCAGAGCAUCCAGUACUCCAGCGCAGAGGAGCGGGAACGCAAGGGCACGCUGCAGCUGGACGUGGCGGGUGCUGUGGAGCCUCUCACCGUCUCCACGCCAUCCUUCACCGACGCCGAGAACAUGGCCGACCUCAUCGACGGCUACUGCCGCCUUGUAAAUGGAGUCUCCCAGUCCUUCAUUAUCAGGCCCCAGAAAGAGGGAGAAAGAGCACUUCCAUCUAUCCCAAAGGUUGGAAACGGUGAGAAGCGCUUAGAGGCAGUCCGGACGGGGGUGCGUGCCAUCUCCGUAUCGGACCUUGCCACUCCGCUGUCGUCGAGAGCCCCGAGGGCUCGCCGCUUCCUCCUUCCUUUCGUCUUCUGCUCCCACAACUCUCCUCCUAAGGAAACGGACGAUUAUGCAGAGAUCAUAGAUGAGGAAGAUACCUACACCAUGCCCUCCACCGAGGGCUAUGGAUUAGACGAAGCCCGGGAUUAUGAGAUCCAGAGGGAACGCAUCGAUCUUGGCCGCUGCAUUGGAGAGGGGCAGUUCGGAGACGUGCACCAGGGGAUCUACGCCAGCCCGGAGAACCCCUCUCUUUCCGUGGCAGUCAAGACAUGCAAGAACUGCACCUCCGACAGCGUGCGUGAGAAGUUUCUGCAGGAGGCCUUGACGAUGCGGCAGUUUGACCAUCCUCACAUUGUGAAGCUGAUCGGUGUGAUUACGGAGAACCCAGUCUGGAUCAUCAUGGAGCUCUGCACGCUGGGCGAGUUGAGGUCAUUUUUACAAGUAAGAAAAUACAACCUAGACUUGGCAACGCUGAUUCUGUUUGCCUACCAGCUGAGCACGGCCUUGGCCUACCUGGAGAGCAAGAGAUUUGUGCACAGGGACAUUGCUGCCAGAAAUGUCUUAGUGUCUUCCACAGACUGUGUAAAACUUGGAGACUUCGGACUCUCCAGAUACAUGGAGGACAGCUCGUACUACAAAGCCUCCAAAGGCAAACUGCCAAUCAAGUGGAUGGCACCAGAAUCCAUAAACUUCCGUCGUUUUACCUCAGCCAGUGAUGUGUGGAUGUUUGGCGUGUGCAUGUGGGAGAUCCUGAUGUACGGGGUGAAGCCCUUCCAGGGCGUGAAGAACAACGAUGUGAUUGGGCGCAUCGAGAACGGCGAGCGGCUGGCCAUGCCCCACAACUGCCCCCCAACCCUCUACAGCCUGAUGACCAAGUGCUGGGCGUACGACCCCAGCAAGAGGCCCCGCUUUACGGAGCUGAAGACCCAGCUCAGCACUAUUCUGGAGGAGGAGAAGGCCCAGCAGGAGGAGAGGCUGCGUAUGGAGAUGAGGCGUCAGGUCACAGUGUCCUGGGACUCAGGCGGCUCAGACGAGGCUCCGCCCAAACCCAGCCGGCCCGGUUACCCGAGCCCCCGCUCCAGUGAAGGUUUCUGCCCCAGCCCCCAGCAUGGCAGCCAGCACAACCACUACCAGGUCUCCAGUUACCCCGGCCCUCACGCCAUGCCCUCGGUGCCUGGUGGAGGGUACCCAGCCCAGGCCUCUGUUCUGGACGCGCACGAGACCUGGAACCACCACAGGCAAGACGUGCCAUUGUGGUCACCUAAUGUGGAGGAUGGGAGUGGUGUGGACAUGCGGGGGCGGGGCCACCUGAUGGAGGAGAGGUUGAUGCUGCAACAGCAGCAGAUGGAGGAGGACCAGCGCUGGUUGGAGCAGGAGGAGGGAUUCCUGAAGCCAGAAUCCAGGAACUCCAGGGGCAGCAUAGACAGGGAGGACAGCGCCCUCCAGGGGCUGACGGCUAACCAGCACAUAUACCAGCCUGUGGGCAAAGCAGAGCCCGUCGCCCCACCUAAGAAGCCCCCUCGUCCGGGAGCCCCAAGUCACUUGGGCAGCCUGGCCAGCAUCAACCCAGUGGACAGCUACAACGAGGGUGUGAAGCCCUGGCGGAUCCAGCCACAAGAAAUCAGUCCGCCUCCCACAGCGAACCUCGACCGCUCCAACGACAAAGUGUACGAGAACGUUACAGGACUGGUGAAGGCCGUCAUUGAGAUGUCCAGUAAAAUACAGCCUGCUCCGCCCGAGGAAUACGUGCCCAUGGUGAAGGAGGUGGGACUGGCCCUGAGAACCUUGCUAGCCACCGUGGACGAGACCAUACCUAUCUUACCAGCUAGCACCCACAGAGAGAUCGAGAUGGCCCAAAAGCUGCUGAACUCUGACUUAGCCGAGCUGAUCAGCAAGAUGAAGCUCGCCCAGCAGUACGUGCUGACCAGCCUGCAGCAGGACUACAAGAAGCAGAUGCUGACGGCAGCGCAUGCGCUCGCCGUCGAUGCGAAGAACCUCCUGGACGUCAUUGACCAGGCGCGCCUGAAGACGAUCGCACAGUCGCAGCCGCACUAGGCUCGCCAGAGAGGGCGGCUCGCAAGAGCCGGACGCUACAGCACAGGAGAGGAGAGGAGAGAGAUCUUCUGCUGGGACAACAGGCUGAAGUCACAUCACCGGAUCACACAGCACCAACAGCCCUCUCGCCAGUAUGAAGAAAUGCACCUCUAAGCCUGAAUCCUCACCGCAAGAAUAUGAAAUUAACCCCCCCCCUUUUUUUUUUUUUUAUAUAUAUAUAUAUAUAUAUAUAUAUGACUUUUCACAUACUACAUUCAGUGGACUGCUGGAGAUUGAAUGACAAACGUGUGUUUUGUUUUUAUUUUUGUCUAUGCUGGUUCCCCUUCUUUUUCUUUUCAAUUGAAACAUGAAGUUGAGCUUCAGGCCAGAGGCUGUCUGGUUCCUCUGAGCAAAGAACCCUGCAACUGGAAGCCACACCCAAACAGCGAGCCUGGACGCCCCUGGCCUAACCCAAAGGUUUAUCAGAGACAAACCUACUUCCUCCAAGUCUACCAUAGCAGACCUGCACCUACCGAUGCUCUGGAUUAAAUGCACACAGAGGGCUCACAUUCUUCUCCGUAAUCCUCGGGCAUCCACUCAGGGGGCACCUCUAGACACAACGCAGCUCUCUUCAGCAUAGCACCUGUUGUUUUUACGUGUAACGUUCCACCUACAAAGGCAUAUAUUUUUUAAAGAAUCAGUUAUGUUUAAUGAAACUAAGGCUAAGGCCAUUUCUAAUAAGGGGAUAUUAAUGGGUUAUCAAUAGAUCCAGUAAAUGUCUCAAAACAACUUGUAUCAAAUCUACUCAAAUCAGUUGAUAAAAGCACAGGACUAGCCCAGCCUUCUUCCCCAUUGCUUUCUCAACUAAGUUUGUUGGUACCAGUGUGCCAUAGUCCACAAUUAGUUUUCUUCGAGGCUGAUGUACUUAGUGCUCGUUUGUUUAUGCUCACCCAUGUACAGUACAAUCUAGAAAUGAAUCCACUUUGUCGCUGAUAAAUUAUUCUCAGGAAAUACUGACUGUACAGAACGUUGAACUAAUAAAAUGUGUUACUCUUGUA